AUGGCGAAAAUGAAUGGCAAAGGAAAGCUAAUGCAGCUCACGCUUCAGCAAGCUCUUUCCCGGAGUAUGGAGCGAGAGAGUGUCGGGAUUGCCGGUGGUUUGGGUGGGGAUCGCGGAGAGGAGGUGUCCCGAGAAACGGACGAAGUUCAACCCGGGCCAAGCCGCGUGCGGCGCACACAAACGGUGGCCAGCUCAGAGGAUGAAUCCGAUGGUUUUAGCGAACCUGUUGGAGUUAUUCGAUACAGUAUUCUAAACCCGACAGAACCUGACCCGGAUUCUUCAGACGAGUGGUUACCGUCUGGAUCAGGGAGGAGCAGCAGAGACUCGUCCCCAGACGCUCCGGUCACACACAAAAGAGGUAGUGCAACCAGCACAGCUGCCAGUGCCAAUGAUGGCAGUGAAAAGAAGAGAGGUCGUGUAUCGAGCAGCAGUCAUGGAGCAGAUUCUGGGUGGCAUACAGGUGACUGGACACCAAACGUGUUCCCCUUCACUGCGACCCCUGGACCCCGAAGAGCUGCUGCGGAGCUGGAUUCCGACAAACCAGCAGACUUCCUGGAGCUCUUCCUGACUGACGAACUACUUCAACAUAUUGUUGACCAGACCAACCUUUACGCCACACAGUACCUCAGUGCACACCCAGAAAGUCUGCCACACAGCAGAGGUUCCUCUUGGAAACCGGUGUCAGUCCCAGAACUGAAAAGUUUCUUCGGCCUCACUUUUCUCACUGGCUUUGUCAAAAAGCCACGCCUUGACAUGUACUGGAGUGUUGAUGAGGUGGACUCUACACCUCAUUUCAGUCACACCAUGCCAAGGAACAGGUUCCAGCUCAUAUGGCAUUUCCUUCAUUUCAAUGACAAUGCUUCACAUGAUGCAGCUGACAGACUGUACAAAGUCCGUCCAGUGUUAGACUAUGUUCUUGACAAGUUCAAGGAGCUGUAUCAGCCAGGGCAAAACAUUUGCAUUGAUGAGGACUUUUUGAGUUGA